AAAAUGCAAAGUGUACAUCAUGUCGGAGCGCCUCUUCAAGACCGUCAGCAUGGGCUUAGCCAUGUCCAAGACGUUCGAUCAGAAGACAAAGCUGAAUCGAGCCAUAAAGCGGCUGAAGGAAUUUGGGAUAAUUGAAUACCUGAAGACGACUGACUUGUUCAACGCCACCGAGUGUCUGAAGCCCCUGUCGUCCAGCGUGGCCUCGGGGGACCUCAGGGCGCUGGACAUCGUCGACUUCCUCGGCGUCUGUGCCAUCUAUGCCUCAGGAAUCACUGUGGCCGCCGCGGUGUUCGUCCUGGAGCUCGUGCUGGGCAGAAGGAAGGAAAAACGCGGCAGGGAAGGAGGGAAGGACGGGAAGGACGCGAAGGACACGAAGGACACGAAGGACGCGGAGGACACGGAGGACGCGAGGAGGACCGCAGUGAAAGGCACAGAAGGCUAA